AUGGAGCGGCACUGUAAUGAGGGUGGCGUGCUCGACCUGCGCGUCGAGGCGUUUUCCAGUGUCGGCGUCGACAGAGGCGUGCUGGCGGGCGACACGCGCGCGCCGCGCAUCACCGAGCACCCCGUGUCGGCGGCGGGGCUGCGCACGGACCCCAUGACGCUGCGCUGCCAGGCGGACGGCCGGCCCGCGCCCAACGUGACGUGGACCAAGGACGGCAAGGCCCUGGAGGUGGAGCUGCAGGGCGGCUUCUCGCACCGCGUCGUCCUGCCCGGCGGCAACCUCUUCUUCCUGCGCCUCGACCCCGCCGACGCCGGCGCCUACCGCUGCGUGGCCGACAACGGCGUCGGCGACCCCGCCGUGUCGCGCGAGGCAACGCUGGAGGUCGCCUACCUGAAGCACGAGUUCCGCGCGGCGCCGACGUCGCAGAUGGUGACGGCGGGCGACACGGUGCUGCUGCAGUGCGGCCCGCCGCGCGGCCGCCCGGACCCCGCGGUGCAGUGGCGGAAGGACGGCCGGCGUCUCGAUGUCGACGAGCACGGGCAGCACGGCGACCGCCAGCCCCGCCUGCGCCUCGUGGACGGCACCAACCUGGCCAUCCGCGACGCCCGGCCCGCCGACUCCGGCCGCUACCAGUGUGUCGCGCAGAACGUGGCCGCCACCCGCGAGUCCCCCGAGGCCAGCCUGCAGGUCGCCGUGCCGCCGCACUUCGUGACGCGGCCCUCGGACACCACGGCGCUGCUGGGCUCCUCGGCGGUGCUGCGCUGCGAGGUGGCGGGCGACCCCAAGCCCUCCGUCAACGCGUGA